AAGAUAAAAGGAGGGACAACUCAAGGGGCCAGGUCGAGGGGGCAGCUCCGGGCAGGAGAGGGCCACCGACUUAGCACUCCAAAGCCUCUCCCCCGUUGGGCAUCCCCAAAAACGGAGGCUUAAGUGCCACCGUCCUCUCCCCUCCGUUCUCUCCCUCUCUCCCUGUCACGCGAGGGGUAACUAGGGUUAGGGUCUUCCGGCGUCGGAGCGGAGACGCUGCCGAUGGGAAUGGUCGGCUGAGAGGGAGGCGAUCGGCCGAUCUUACCCCGAUCUUUAGCGGCUUAUUGGGAAGCGGAUAUCUUCUUUUUCUUUCCUUUUCAUUAUUUCCGUCGAUCAGGGCAACUCGAGUAUGGAGCAUGAUGAGACUGGUUGCCAACCUCCCGAAGGCCCUAUUCUUUGCAUAAACAACUGUGGUUUCUUUGGAAGUGCAGCUACAAUGAACAUGUGCUCAAAAUGCCACAAAGAUUUGAUAUUGAAGCAGCAGCAAGCGAAGUUGGCUGCAUCGUCUGUUGAAGGUAUUGUCAACGGUAAUAGCAGCAAUGCUGGAAACGGAAAGGAUCCUGAAAUUGCUGACGCCUCAACUUUAACCACUGGUUCACUGGAUCUAAAGUUUGUCUCAUUUCAGCCACUGGAGGUUGGUGCUUCAUCUGACGAUAGUGUUGACAAGCCAAAGGAGGGUCCAAACCGUUGCAACUCUUGCAAAAAAAGGGUUGGGUUGACUGGUUUUAGAUGCAAGUGUGGGGAACUGUUUUGUGCAGUUCAUCGCCACUUUGAAAAGCACAACUGCAAAUUUGAUUACAAAGCUCAUGCACGUGAUGCUCUCGCCAAAGCCAAUCCAGUUAUUAAGGCUGAAAAGCUGGAUAAAAUAUGAGGCCAUCACUGCCCAGAGGACUUGAAGGACAGAAGGUUAAGGAACUCAGAUGUCAUGCUUCUUCUCUAGCUCAGUCUUGCUUCUUUUAGAGCAGGGUCUGUCAUCUCUUUACUUUUUGUGCUUGAUUGUGCUUUAUUUAUAUAAGCGGUUAAGAGUUGCAAAACUUAUAUGUUUGUAUUCAUGAACUCUAUGUUCCUAGCUGUAUGCUGGACUUUCAUGGGUAUUUCAUGCAAGCUUUGCCAUCUUUUUUGUUUUGUAUCCAGUUGAAGGCAGACGGUGUCUCAGAUCAUGUGAUUGGUGUAUAGUUUUUUUUAUUGGUGCUUAUUUUAUAUUAA